AUGUUAAUACUUUCACCUUUAGCAAUGGUAAAAUUAGGCCCUGAUGUUCAAUCUGGAACGGCUGAUGCCUAUUCUGGAUACCUCCCUAAUGGAAAUAUUUGGGGCUUCAGUAUGAUGCACGAAUCCGGCACUGGAGGUGCGCCGAAAUACGGCGUCGUCUCUCAAAUGCCUGCGUUGGGAAACAUCUCGAACCCUUUAGCAGAUUUGUCCCAGGGUCGAGCUUCUGCAGAUCAAGCACAGGUUGGGUAUUAUAAAGCCUCCCUGAAUAAUGGAGUCGUGGUGGAGCUCGCUGCUACUGAUCAUACAGGAUUGUAUCAGUAUUCAUUUCCGAAAGGCAACUCCCCUUCAAUUGUAGUCGAUGUGUCCCACGUUUUACCUAGUUUCAGAGGUUUAGGGUGGGAGCAGCACUACUCGAAAGGGAACUUUAGCUUCUUUCCUGAUGGGCAUUAUGAAGGGUCGGGGACCUAUAAUAAUGGUUGGAACCUGUCACCCGAUUGGAAUAUCUAUUUCUGUGGUAGAUUCAACGAGCAGCCAUCAAGCUCGAAUACUUUUAAAGGUACAGGUACCACUCUAGCAUCCUACGACACUUCUAGCUCGGUUUCUGGAACCGAACGGUUAGGGGCUGUUUUUACAUUCAAUAACUCGAAUGUAACCUCUCGUGUCGGAAUCUCCUACAUCUCCUCUAGCAAAGCAUGCCACAAUCUUGACAAGGAGGUUCCGGACCAAACGAGUUUCCAGUCCCUUGUUGACAAAGCAAAGAGUACAUGGAACACCCAAGUAUUUUCCAAAGUACAAGUAUCCUCUACGAAUGCGGCAGACCUUCAGCUUCUCUAUAGCUCGCUUUAUGGCAUGUUCUUGAUCCCAUCGAACUUGACCGGAGAAAACCCUGGCUGGAGCAGCGAGCAGCCGUAUUAUUCGGACGUUUUUACACUUUGGGAUACUCACAGAUGCCAUACUCCACUAUUCCAUAUCCUAGAGCCUGUAGCAUACGAAGAAUUUAUCUGCUCUCUUAUCGAUAUCUGGAGGCAUGAUGGCUUUAUGCCAGACGCACGAUCUAGCAACUACAAUGGCCGCGUUCAGGGAGGUUCAAAUGCAGAUAGCGUCCUCGCCGACGCGUACGUAAAGGGUGUCCGGGGGUGUAUUAGGUGGGACGACGGAUUCACUGCGAUGCUUACUGACGCCGAGACAACUCCACCUAACAACCACGACCCCAAAGCCCCUGACUCUUCUACAAAAGAAGGGCGAGGUGCCCUCCCAGACUGGCUAAAGUAUGGUUACAUCACCCCUACGUUUACGCGAGCGGUCUCUCGCGCUGUCGAGUACUCUGCCAACGAUUUCGGACUCUUCCAAGUUGCCAAAGGGCUCGGCAAGAAGACCGAGGCAGACAAAUACCUCAAGCGAUCUAGAAAUUGGAGAAACCACUGGAAUCCAAAUUGCACAAGCAACGGCCACAGUGGCUUCGUUGUUCCACGUCGAGCUGAUGGGUCGUUCAUUGACCAAGACCCGUUGAAUUGCGGCGGGUGCUACUGGGGGGACGCGUAUUACGAAGAUAAUGCCUGGGUUUAUAGUAUGAAUGCCCUUCACGACGUUGCUACGUUGAAGAAGUUCAUUGGCGGAGAUGAUAAGUUUGUUGAUCGGAUCAACAAAUUAUUCGAUCUAAAGAUUUUUAACGCUGGCAAUGAACCUGGGUUUACGUCGCCGUACCUGUACAACUUUGUCCCUGGUAAGCAGCAUCUUUCUGCGCAGCGUUCGAGGGAUAUCUCCAAGUUGUACAAUUCGGGGACUGGUGGUUUGCCUGGGAACUCAGACGCAGGGGCAAUGGAGUCGAAUAUCUUGUGGCAAAUGAUCGGUCUAUGGCCUAUGACGGGCCAAACGACAUUUCUAGUCCUCUCCCCCUGGUUCCCACAAAUGACAAUUGAGCUUGGAAACGGCAAGACUCUCAAAAUAUCGACAACAGGUGGCAACAAGGACACGGCGUUCUACGUGCAGAGCUUGAAGGUGAACGGCAAACAGUGGGAUAAGGCCUGGGUGACGUGGCAAGAUAUCUUCGAAAACGGAGGUACAAUGGACUUCGUGCUGGGCUCCAAUGUCGCAGAAUGGUCGACCGGAGAGCCACCACCAAGCCCGGCGUCUGGUGAUCAAUAG